AAUUUAUGUACAUUUUCAGGACACGAAGAAUAUGCGAAGCAAGUUAGAGGAAAUGUUAGAAAAAGCAGCAAUGGGAGACAAAACAGUGAUAAUAACAACCUUAAAUGCAGCAUGGACAGCUCCAAACUCCAUAUUUGAUCUUUUCUUGGAAAGCUUUCAAAUUGGGAAUCAAACGAAACCUCUGUUGAAACAUAUUUUAGUUGUAGCUUUGGAUCAAACUGCGUAUUCUCGUUGCUUGGAAAAACUGUACCUUCACUGCUAUGCUCUCACUACAGAAGGCGUUGAUUUCUCCGGUGAGGCGUAUUUUCUGAGCGAUGAUUACUUGAAGAUGAUUUGGAGAAGGAUUGAUUUUUUGCGUACUGUUCUGGAGACGGGAUAUAACUUUAUUUUCACGGAUGCUGAUAUAUUGUGGUUUCGACAACCAUUUGCACAUUUUUAUCCUGACACUGAUUUCCAAAUUGCUUGCGACCAUUAUUGGUAUGAUUCUUUCGAUUUGGACAACUCACCAAAUGGAGGUUUCAAUUUUGUGAAAUCAAAUAAUCGUAGCAUCCAAUUUUACAAGUUUUGGUAUGAUGCAAGAGAGGCUCAUCCAGGAAAAAUGGAUCAAGAUGUACUAAACAUGAUAAAACACGACCCUUUUGUUAAAGAAAUUGGAUUGAAAAUAAGGUUUUUGGACACUGCUCUUUUUGGGGGAUUUUGUGAGCCUAGUAAAGAUCUCAAUUUUGUUUGCACAAUGCAUGCAAAUUGUUGUAUAGGACUUGAAAAUAAAAUACAUGACCUAACAAUGGCCAUUGAUGAUUGGAAAAAGUUUAUGGCUUUGCCUGGUGAUGAUAGGAUGUCAAAGCCACAAACUUGGACUGUUCCAAGAAUCUGUGGUUAAAGUUUGAUGAUAAAUUAGAAGAAAAAUCUUUUUUUCUUUUAUUUAUGGUCCACGCAGGUAUAAAAUCCUCCAUGUUACCUCUUUUUUUGUUUUUCCUUUUAUUAAUUUCCUUUUUAGUAUCCUUGAGAGGCAGAUUAAGGAUUUGAACAUUACAGGUCUGGAUUUGUAAUUUUAGCAAGCCUCAUUUGAUUUAAUGGGUUCGAACUCUAUUAUUUAGUGGACUGUUUAAUACAUAUACAACUUCGAGCAAA